AAACCAAUAUAAACAUUUCUGUACAGUGAGGAUACUCCCCAACUAUCCUUCCUUGUUAGGUCACCUAAAAGGGACACAGACAGACUGAAAGAGACAGAGGGGGGAGAGAGUGAGAGAGAGAUGGCACUAACCGACAGCCAAAGUUUAACUUUCCCUGAGAUAGUGGAGCUAAACGUGGGCGGCCAGGUGUAUGUGACCCGUCUUGAAACUCUCACUGCGGUGCCCAACUCUCUCUUGUGGACCAAGUUCACUCAGAGCUCACCGGCCGCCCUGCCGAAAGACAGCAAGGGCCGCUUCUUCUUCGACCGGGACGGCUUUCUCUUCCGGUACAUUUUGGAUUAUCUACGGGACUCCGAGCUUUCCCUGCCGGAGUUUUUCAAAGAGAGGCGGAGGCUGCAGAAAGAAGCGGACUUUUUCCAGCUGCCCGAGCUGUCGAGGCGCCUGGCGGCAGUGAGCAAAGACAGCUCGUACACGGAGGACAGCGGGGAGCCGGAGGAGGCUGAGCUCUGCAGCCCGGUCACCUCUUCUUCCUCGGACCGAACCCUGCGCUCUCCCGGAGCCACUUCCGGCUACAUAACCAUCGGCUACAGAGGCAGCUACACCAUCGGGAGAGACAUCCAGGCGGACGCCAAGUUCCGCAGGGUGGCCAGAAUAACCGUGUGCAGCAAGAUCUCGCUGGCUAAGGAGGUGUUUGGGGAAACCCUGAACGAAAGCCGCGACCCGGACAGACCACCUGACAAGUACACCUCCAGGUAUUACCUCAAGUACAACUUUCUGGAGCAGGCGUUUGACCGGCUGGCCGAGGCUGGUUUCCACAUGGUGGCCUGUAACUCCACCGGGACCUGCUCAUACGGCAGUAAUGACCCCGGAGAGGACAAGCUGUGGACCAGCUACACCGAGUAUAUCUUCUCCCGGUGAACUGGCAGGAGCACGUACGGUUGACCCGGGGAGAAAUGAAUAGGUUACAGUAGUUGCAUUUCCAUCCAAAAACUGUCGAUUUGUCAACUUCGGUUUCUGUGUUCUCUGUUUUUGUGGCUCUCUGCUCUGUACAGUUGGGUCAGGGUGCAGCUAGAAUGAACUUUCUGCUAUUUUCUUUGCUGACUGCUUAUUAAACAAAGGCAGCGACCUUUUUGAUGGCCCUGGGUCUUGGUUAGCCUAUUUUUAUGCUCCAGUUUGGCCUUCCUGAUUUUCACAAAGCGUGUGUUGUUCUUAAGUAAAUGUCAUAAAUGGCUCCAUGGGACUGCAGAAAUGUUAGGAGCUCCUGUUUUUUCUGAUCUUUAGUGAACUGGGCUGACAUAUUCUUGCUACUAGGCUAUACUGCUGAACACCUUAACCAUGCACAUGCGCUGUAAAUAGUCUGAUGCACCUCUUCUAUUUCGUGCAUUGACAGUGAAUUCCUUUCGUGGGGCUUUUGUUUUUACUGGUUAUGUUGAAUUCCUUCAGAUUGACUGUGCUGUGCUGGGGGGGGGGGUUUGCUGUAAAUGUUUUCUCUGGUGCAUCCAAUAAAGUGUGACAGUGUAACAAGAUUGAACUCAUCAUCCUGUUAACUUAAGUGUAUUACAUCUUUCGUUUUGUUUUGUCUUUGGAUAAACUGAUGAUUCCUUUCAA